AGCAGCGGCGAUCCCCCCCCUCCUAAAUCGACACCGCUUUCUCUUUUCCCGCUUUCCCCUUUUCUUUCCCCAAAGCAUCUUGACACCAUUUGCUUUUGUCAGUUUAUUUGCUUUUUCCUUUACAAUUGUGGUCUGGACUUCCUUUGGUCUGGAGAUCAGUUUUCGAGUAAUUGUGAAGAAGUCCCAUUGGAACGGUGGUGCGGCGCACGGGAGCUUCGGUUG